UGAUGACGAUUGAUGAAUGGUGUAGCUUCAAAGAUAAUAGACACUUACUUCAACCUCCACUCAACGCUCACUUGCUCUCUCUCUCUCCCUCUCUCCUUCUUCUUCUUCUUCUUUCUCUCAGCUGCUCAUUAAUUUAUAGGUCUCUCAAGAAUUCCGCCAAAAAUUUCUUUUUUUCUUCUUCUUGAUUAAACUGCAUUUCUUGAAAUCUGUAGUCUCAUGUUGAUUGUGCGCAGAAUGGAAAGAAUCAAGAUGAUCAUUUUCUUUCUGGCAGUGCUUCUCAUGAUUCUACCCUCCACCAAUCCCUCGCCCAUUCCACAAUCAAGAACAUUGUACGAGAUCGCAUGCACAAUGUGCUCUUCAUGUUGCAAACCCUCGUCUCCGCCUCCACUAUCUCCACCACCGCCAGCAUCCACCUCUAACUGCCCACCACCACCUUCUCCGCCGAGGUCAUCUGGCUCGUACUACUCCUCUCCACCACCACCACCUUCCACUUACACCUACUCCUCUCCACCACCACCACCCUCCACUUACACCUACUCCUCUCCACCACCACCACAGGGUGGUGGCGGCGGAGGCGGCGGCAGUUACUAUUACUAUCCUCCGCCAAACUAUAAGAACUACCCUGCACCUCCUCCGCCUAACCCAAUUGUGCCUUACUUUCCUUUCUACUAUUAUAGCCCACCUCCUCCUUCCAUGUCUGGGUCUGUGAAGCUGAUGGGUUCUAUUAGUUACAGUGUUGCUGCUGCUGUUGCCAUCACUUUACUUUCUUUGUUUUGAUAUAUACUGCAGAGAAGGUAAAGAAAUUGAAAUAAUGUGGCAGAUUGGCAGAUCUGGGAAAUUUGCAGCUAAGGAGAAAGAGAGAAUACUUGUUGAAACUUGAUCUUUUGAAGAAGAAGAAGAAGAAACAGAGUAAAUUAAAAAUGCCCUCAUCCUGAGGAAGAGAAGCACACUACAGAAUGUGGAAGUAGUAAUUCUAAUUCUCUCUUUUUCCCUCUCUUGCUGUAGAGUUCGAUCUGUAAUUUGUUAACAAUUUGUAACUAUCUUUGAUCUUCUUUCCCUUCACAUUAAUUAAAAAAAAAGUAAUUAGUCAUUUUGGUCA